AUGCAGAUGCCGCUGCUGGUGGUGGUGGUGGUGGGGCGUGGUGGCUGGUGGUGGGCGUGGUGGCUGGUGCUGACCAGACCCGGGUGGGUGAUGAAGGACCACCAGGAGCCCGUGGCGGGAGUGCACAUGCACAGGUCGGGAGCCUACUUCUUCUCGUGCUCCUUCGACGGCACCGCCAAAGACUACGUGGUUGGUGGCGACACCGCGCCGGGAGUAAAAAGGGCAAAGCUGGAACAACAACUGCGACGGCUCGAGGUGGAGGCCUACUGCGCCGUGGUGAGCGCCUUUCGCGCGCAGGGUGAGCUCACGUGGAAGAAGGCGCAGCUGCUGCAGGACCUGCGCCAGGUCCUCCGGGUGCCCGAGGAGCGGCACAAGAUGGAGCUCAAGCGGGUCACCGACGACGAGACCCUCGCCGAGCUCGCCAAGCUCUCGGCCGGGCUGCACACGCCGGGCGACGACGACGCGAAGAAGUCUCGGGCCGGUCGCAAGAAGCCGGCGGGGAACGCGUGGGGCGGGGACAGCGGCAACAGGGACAAGACGCUGCCCUACCUCGACGCCGUCGUGGUGACGCCGUCGAGCCAGCCGCCCAACCUGAGCAAGAUUCCGGCGGUGGCUGCGGCCAAGGGAGGCGCCAAGGGAGGCGCGAAGGGAGCCGUGGCGCCCAAGCCCGCCGGGGCCACUGCCGCAGCCUCGGCCAAGCCCGCCGGUGCCGCCGCCAACCGUAAGCGCAAGGCGCCCUCGACGGCGUCCACGAGCGCCGCGUCGACGAAAGGCGGCGCGCCGGUGGCCAAGAAGCGAGCGACCAAGCCGACGAAGGGCGCCGCCGCCAACGUCAAGGCCGACGCCGACGCCUCCUUGAUGGAGCUCAGCAGUGCCGAGCUCGGGGAAGAGAACGAGGCCGCCGCCGCGCUCGGCGGUGAUGGCGACGAUGACGAGGAGCAGGACGAGGCGCACAUCAAAGAAGUCGAGGAGCAGCUGCGCGCCAAGCAGGAGCAGUUGAAGGCCGAGUUGGCCGCCCUGCAAGCGGAGAUGGAGGAGGACGACGACGAAGAGGAGGAGGAGGAGGAACUGGAAGAGGCGGACGAGGGUCCGCAGCAUCAGGGAGAGGGGGAGCAGGGUGCGGGGGAUGGCGACGUUGAAGGCGACAGUGCGCUCCGCGAAGGAGCUGAAGUGGAGGCGGCGGCAGCGGCGGCAGCGGCGGCGCAGGAGGUGGCGAUGGAGUAA